CAUUCCAAACCCUAGACCAGACCAGGUGGAUCGUCGACCAGCGACCGUCCGCAAACAUGAGUAAGCUGUCGACCGAGGCCCUCAAGGAGGCCAUCACCCAGGUCGUCACCGACGCCAAGGAGAAGAACAGGAAGUUCACCGAGACCAUUGAGCUCCAGAUUGGCCUCAAGAACUACGACCCGCAAAAGGACAAGCGUUUCAGCGGCUCCGUCAAGCUGCCCCACGUCCCGCGCCCCAAGAUGAGGGUCUGCAUGCUUGGUGACGCGCAGCAUGUGGGAGAGGCUGAGAAGAUUGGUCUUGAUUCCAUGGAUGUUGAAGCUCUUAAGAAGAUGAACAAGAACAAGAAGCUUGUCAAGAGGCUCGCCAAGAAGUAUCAUGCUUUCUUGGCCUCGGAGGCUAUUAUCAAGCAGAUUCCCCGUCUCCUUGGUCCCGGUCUCAACAAGGCAGGCAAGUUCCCUACCCUGGUUUCUCACUCAGAGUCUCUGGAAGCCAAGGUGAACGAGACGAAGGCCACCAUCAAGUUCCAGCUGAAGAAGGUGCUGUGCAUGGGUGUGGCGGUGGGCAACCUGUCGAUGGAGGAGAAGCAGAUCCAGCAGAACAUCCAGAUGAGUGUCAACUUCUUGGUGUCCCUGCUCAAGAAGAACUGGCAGAACGUGAGGUGCCUGUACAUCAAGAGCACCAUGGGGAAGCCGGCCCGGGUGUUCUAAGCCCAGUGCAUCUGCCAUCUAUAUCAUCAACACUAGCUACCGUAGUUUCCUUGCCGUACGUGUUUGGGCUUAGAAAUGCCGUGGUUUUUGUUAAUGUUUCUGUGUCGUGGUGAACAUGAUGAAAAGAACCUGUUACCAAUAUAUUGAUUGUCUAUGUUGUGUACCCUAA